AUGUUCGCAAGGUCAUGGAGCUGUUUGUGGCUCAUCCUCCUCUCGUCAAUGAGCGUUGUUCAAUGCCAAGACGACGAGAAGUACCAAUGUUCAACAAGCGAAGGUUGUGAUGUUGGAUGCUGCGGUCCACUCAACGCCGAGACUGGCAAGGGAGUCUGUGGCCUUGGCCCUGAAUACUGUGGCGAGGGUUGUACGUCGCAAUGCGAUCAGAAGAGCGAGUGCGAUCCUGGCUGGGGAAUGGAGUGGUCGGAACUUGCUGAAUGCCCAUUAAAUGUCUGCUGCAGCAAAUAUGGAUUUUGCGGUACGACGGCUCUCUUUUGCGGUAGCAACAUCCCGCCUCAGCCUCAGUGCGAUGCUGGCGCGAGGUCUUCCGAUGGCAGGACGAUUGGGUACUACGAGGGAUGGAACUUGGCAAGGCCUUGUGGCAGAAUGGCACCGGAAGACAUUCCAUUAGGCAUUUACACGCACAUCAACUUCGCCUUUGCUCUUAUCAACCCAAAAACCUUCCGGCUGGAUGAUAUGGACGCCGGGACUGCAUCGCUGUAUGGAGACGUUGCGGCACUGAAGCUCAAACAACCUGAUCUGGAGGUUUGGAUCGCGAUCGGAGGCUGGGCCAUGAACGACCCAGGCCCGUACCAAACUGCAUUCUCAGACAUGGCCGGUUCAGAAGCCAACCAAGACGCAUUCUUUGAUUCCCUUAUCACCUUCAUGAAGAAGUACAACCUUGACGGUGUUGAUCUUGACUGGGAGUAUCCUGUGGCAGAUGACCGUGGGGGCAUUCCGGAAGAUUUUGAUAACUAUGUGAACCUGCUUCGAAGGUUGAGACAACGCCUCAAUGCCUCUGGGCGCAAGUACGGCAUCAGUCUGGCCGUGCCGGCCUCCUACUGGUAUCUGAGAGGCUUCAAUCUGCAAGAGAUGGAGCAGUAUGUGAGCUGGUUUAACAUCAUGACAUAUGAUAUCCACGGGGUAUGGGACAAGACUAUUGAUGCUCUGGGACCAUAUGCAUUGGCCCACACCAACUUGACUGAGAUCGAAUUGGGCCUUGAGCUGUUCUGGAGAAACAAUAUCAACCCGGAGCGCAUCAACCUUGGCUUGGGAUUCUACGGGAGAAGUUUCACAAUGAAAGAUCCCAACUGCAUGACGGCGGGCUGUGAGUUCACAGAAGGUGCCAAGGGAGGAGAGUGCACCGGCACCCCUGGUGUCCUGUCCGCCGCCGAGAUUGUGAAAAUCAUCGACAAUGGCGCGACGCUUACAUUUGACGAGAAAGCGGGCGUCAUGAUUGUGACUUGGGACACGGAUCAAUGGGUCAGCUGGGACGAUGCCAAGACUCUGGGGAUGAAGGUCGAUUUCGCGAAUCGGCGUUGCUUGGGAGGGACGAUGGUAUGGGCGAUCGAUCUGGACGAUGGUACACUCAUUGAUGCUUUGGGCGAGAACAUUGGACGACCGAAACAGGAUACUAUCGAUGAGUGGCCUUUGGUGUUUCCUUGUCUUGGAACGGAGCAGCCAAAAGACGAGUUGUAA